GGUGUGCGGUGUCCUAGCUGCCCGGAGCUGCAACCCCGGGGCGCGCGGGAGCUCUGAGUUCGGGGCGCCCUGGGUUGAGCAGUACCACGAGCAUCCGGCCCGUCGUCAUGGCCGACCACCUGAUGCUCGCCGAGGGCUACCGCCUGGUGCAGAGGCCGCCGCCCGCCGCGCCCUCCCACGGCCCCCAAGCGCUCCGGACGCUGCAGCCGUACGCGGGCCCGGGCCUGGACAGCGGCUUGCGGCCGCGAGGGACUCCGCUGGGGCAGCCGCCGCCGCCGCCCCCACCCGGGGCCCUGACGUACGGGGCCUUCGGGCCGCCGCCCGCCUUCCAGCCCUUUCCGGCCGUGCCACCGCCGGCCGGCGGCGGCGCGCACUUGCAGCCGGUGGCGACGCUGUACCCGGGCCGCGCGGCCGCGCCCCCCGGCGUCCCGGGAGGGCCCCCGUGCCUGCAGCCGGCGCCCGGCGCCCCGGCCCCACCGCCGCCCGCUCACGCCCUGGGCUGCAUGGACGCCGAACUCAUCGACGAGGAGGCGCUGACGUCGCUGGAGCUCGAGCUCGGGCUGCACCGCGUGCGCGAGCUGCCCGAGCUCUUCCUGGGCCAGAGCGAGUUCGACUGCUUCUCGGACUUGGGGUCGGCGCCACCCGCCGGCUCGGUGAGCUGCUGAGUGCGGCCGGGCGCCUGCCUGGCGUGCCCGAGAGGAGAAGGGGGUCUGACAGCCCGCCGGAGUCCGCCCCAAGCGCCCGGGCCCCGCGCGCACCCUCCGUGAGGGUGGAGGCA